CGAGCGCAGGGCUCUCAGCAAAGGCUGUGGAGUGUUUGCAGACCCGGGCGAGCCCUUGUGAAAGCAGAUAAAAGAAAACAUUUAUUAACGUGUCGUUACGAGGGGAGCGCCCGGCCGGAGCUGUCACACGCCCGGGGGAACACUGGGCUCCUUCCAGAUCCAAGGGAGGGGAAAAAGAAAGCGGAAAAGAGGCAAGGAUUCUCUUCGUUUCCAGCCAAGUGGGCCUGAUCGAUGGCCCUCCUGACUUGAUUGCGAUGUUUGAUUUAUUAGACAUGCCCCCCUCGUUUGUGUGUUACACACGCGCGCGCACGGCUCUGCCUCACGUCCCUCCCUCAUUUCCAGCUCCUGGGCGAAUCCCACAGCUGUUUCAACUCUCCGCCGAGGGCGAGCGGGAGCCAGUGUGUGUGGAUCCGUGAGUAGAGAGAAGAAGCCAAUCCACAGAACACAACUCCAGACUCCUGCAUCCUGAAAGACGCAGGGACCAGCCAAACAUACGAUGGGACCCCCUGGUCUCCUGCUGUGCUUGCUCUCCGCAGCUGUUUUCUCUCUGCUGGAUGGAAGUCCGGCACUCCUGUCGCACCACCGCCUGAAAGGCAGGUUUCAGAGGGACCGCAGGAACAUCCGGCCCAACAUCAUCCUGGUGCUCACGGACGACCAGGACGUGGAGCUCGGUUCCAUGCAGGUGAUGAACAAGACCCGGCGCAUCAUGGAGCAGGGCGGGGCGCACUUCAUCAACGCCUUCGUGACCACGCCCAUGUGCUGCCCCUCCCGCUCCUCCAUCCUCACCGGGAAGUACGUGCACAACCACAACACCUACACCAACAACGAGAACUGCUCCUCGCCCUCCUGGCAGGCCCAGCAUGAGAGCCGCACCUUUGCCGUGUACCUCAACGGCACAGGCUACCGGACAGCUUUCUUCGGGAAGUACCUUAAUGAGUACAACGGCUCCUAUGUGCCACCUGGCUGGAAGGAGUGGGUCGGCCUCCUUAAAAACUCCCGGUUUUAUAACUACACGCUGUGCCGGAACGGGGUGAAGGAGAAGCACGGCUCUGACUACUCCAAGGACUACCUGACAGACCUCAUCACCAAUGACAGCGUGAGCUUCUUUCGCACAUCCAAGAAGAUGUACCCGCACAGGCCCGUCCUGAUGGUCAUCAGCCAUGCAGCCCCCCAUGGUCCUGAGGACUCAGCCCCCCAGUACUCACGCCUCUUCCCCAAUGCAUCCCAGCACAUCACGCCAAGCUAUAACUAUGCGCCCAACCCCGACAAGCACUGGAUCAUGCGCUACACGGGGCCCAUGAAGCCCAUCCACAUGGAAUUCACCAACAUGCUGCAGAGGAAGCGCCUGCAGACCCUCAUGUCCGUGGACGACUCUGUGCAGAAGAUUUACAACAUGCUGGUGGAGACGGGUGAGCUGGACAACACCUACAUCGUGUACACGGCUGACCACGGCUACCAUAUCGGCCAGUUCGGCCUGGUGAAGGGGAAGUCCAUGCCAUACGAGUUCGACAUCAGGGUCCCAUUCUACGUGAGGGGCCCCAACGUGGAGGCUGGCUCGCUGAAUCCCCAUAUCGUCCUCAAUAUCGACCUGGCCCCUACCAUCCUGGACAUCGCGGGUCUGGACAUCCCCUCAGAUAUGGAUGGGAAAUCCAUCCUCAAGCUGCUGGACACAGAGCGGCCAGCGAAUCGGUUUCACUUGAAAAAGAAGAUGAGGGUCUGGCGCGACUCCUUCCUGGUAGAGAGAGGCAAACUGCUGCACAAGAGGGACAGUGACAAGGUGGAAGCCCAGGAGGAGAAUUUCCUGCCCAAGUUCCAGCGCGUGAAAGACCUGUGUCAGCGUGCGGAAUACCAGACGGCCUGUGAGCAGCUGGGACAGAAGUGGCAGUGCGUGGAGGACGCCACAGGGAAGCUGCAGCUGCGCAAGUGCAAAGCCCCGGCGCAGCUCAGGGGCGGAGCCCUGUCCAACCUGGUGCCCAGGUACUUCGGGCAGGGCAGCGAGGCCUGCCCCUGUGGCGCUGGGGACUACAAGCUCAGCCUGGCCGGGCGCCGGAAGAAGUUCUUCAGGAAGAAGUACAAGGCCAACUUUGCCCGUAAUCGCGCCAUCCGCUCAGUGGCCAUCGAGGUGGAUGGCGAGGUACACCACAUAAGCCUGGAUGACACAUCCCAGCCCCACAACCUUACCAAGCGACACUGGCCAGGGGCCCCUGAGGACCGAGACGACAAGGAUGGCGGGGAUUUCAGUGGCACUGGAGGCCUUCCGGACUACUCAGCCCCCAACCCCAUUAAAGUGACACAUCGGUGUUACAUCCUAGAGAAUGACACAGUGCAGUGUGACCUGGACCUGUACAAGUCCCUGCAGGCCUGGAAAGACCACAAGCUGCACAUCGACCACGAGAUUGAAACUCUGCAGAACAAAAUAAAAAACCUGAGGGAAGUCCGAGGUCACCUGAAGAAAAAGCGGCCAGAAGAAUGUGAUUGUCACAAAAUCAGUUUCCACACCCACCACAAAGGCUCCAGUCUGCAUCCUUUCAGGAAGGGUCUACAGGAGAAGGACAAGGUGUGGCUGCUGCGGGAGCAGAAGCGCAAGAAGAAACUUCGCAAGCUGCUCAAGCGACUGCAGAACAAUGACACAUGCAGCAUGCCGGGCCUGACAUGCUUUACCCAUGACAACCAGCACUGGCAGACGGCGCCUCUCUGGACGUUGGGCCCCUUCUGCGCCUGCACCAGUGCCAACAAUAACACAUACUGGUGCAUGAGGACCAUCAACGAGACCCACAACUUCCUCUUCUGUGAAUUUGCGACUGGCUUCCUGGAGUACUUCGAUCUCAACACAGACCCUUACCAGCUGAUGAAUGCAGUGAAUACACUGGACAGGGAUAUCCUCAAUCAACUACACGUACAGCUCAUGGAGCUAAGGAGUUGCAAGGGUUAUAAACAGUGUAACCCCCGGACUCGAAACAUGGACCUGGGACUUAAGGAUGGAGGAAGCUAUGAGCAAUUCAGGCAGUUUCAGCGUCGGAAGUGGCCAGAAAUGAAGAGACCUUCUUCCAAAUCGCUGGGACAACUGUGGGAAGGCUGGGAAGGCUAAGAGGCACAAGAUGGACCCCCCCCCCCAAAACAAAGGCAUCAUCACACUGUACAGACAAUGAAAACCAUGGAGUUGUUCAGCACCUCUGCUGUUAGCCAGGAGACCUGAGACACACAGAACUUCCUUUGUCCAUGGAACCAGCAGGAGGAGCGAUGCUUCGGGAAGUCCGUUUUUGCCCCUGCUUUUGCUUUGGAUUAUACUUCACCAGCCACACAAAAUGCAUUGUCUUAUCAAAGUGUCACCACUAACCCUCCUUGAAAAGCUCACAAGAAACAGAGUGAGCUUUUCUUAGAAAUUUCCCCCAAGGGUCACUGGAAUUCUUUUUUAAACCACAGGGGAAAAACAACCCUGUUUUACAUCCUCUUACUCUUUUGGGUCAUCACAAAGAAGGAACUAAGAAGCAGGAUAGAGGCAACUUACAAGUGCUGGAAAUGGUACAGAGUUUGACAAUGAGUCAGUAGCACAAAAGAAGUGGCAUUUAUCUAGCACUAUAAUCCUGCCUGCCUCUGAAGAAAUUGACUUCACUGUAUAUAUAUGUGACUAUUUACAUGUAACCAGCGUGGGAACUUUUAGGGGAAUCUAAUAAGAAAACCCAAUUUUCAAGAGUGGUGGUGUCAAUAAAUGCGCUGUGGCCAGUGUAAAGAAAACCCCUUGCCGUUGUGGACAUUCGUACUCCUGACCAGAUGCCAUUUCUCCCACUCUUAAUGUCCAAACUGAUUAUUUUUUAAAGCACUAAAAAGAAAUGUUGAUGUAUGUCCCAAGUUUUAAUGAAACUGUAUUUGUAAAGCAAUUUUAUAGUCUAAGUAUUGUCAUACAGUGUUCAAAACCCCAGCCAAUGACCAGCAGUUGGUAUGAGGGAACCUUUGACAUUUUGUAAAAGUCCAUUCUUGGGA